GAAUCUACCUGCCUCGUGAUAAUAAUGACGAUAUCUUCUUCCCUCAAACGACCCGCCGGAUCUACGUGGGAGGAGUCUAAGGCGGACAAUCCCCAGUUUAGCCGAUCUCCAGGGCUGAUGCUUUUUCCGAGAGACGGUGAUUGUGUGCUGUACGACCCUAAAGAAGACAAUUUCAAAAGGAACGUGGGAGACGACUUUUCAGGGUGUCGAUUCCUGGCAAACUCGGGUAACUGGCUCUUGGUGUUAGAUUCUAGAUCCGAUUUAUAUAUCGAAGACGUGUUUAGUGGUAAAAAGAUGCCUCUACCGUCUCUAGAGUCGGUUAAGUCAGCUGAUUGUAUUGUCAAGCGCGUGGGAGAUAGAGAAUUUAUAAGGGAUGAGUCUGGCGCUAUUUAUGAGGAUCUGAUUGCUGACGUGGUGAGGGGACUUUUGUGGGUUUCCGAGAGUGGAAAAGAGUACGUUGUGGUGUGGUUGUUCGACCUCCCUGGCCACUCUUACAUGUCAUUCUGCAAGAAUGGGGAUACGCAUUACACCGACAUUCCUCUCUUUUUCGAUGACCGUGCCUUUCACAAGUUUGAUGGCUUAUCGGAUAUGGUGCUACGUGGUCACCGUCUUUACGUCUCAACAAGUCGGCGUUUUGUUCGAAUCUUUGAUCUGUCUGGACCGCAAGGUUUCUUCAAGGACAUUACCGGUCAUCAAACACCAUUCCCAAUGCUUUCUCGUCAUGAUUUUGCCUACGAUUCUAGCAUUGCGGUUACAACAUCAGGAGAGGUUUUGUUGGUUGAGAGUGAUCAACGCUAUUCGACCUGGUUCCGCCUCUACAAGAGGGAUCCUGAUGUUGAAGACCCAAAUAACGCCUGCCACACGGUUACUGAGGUAGAUUCUCUUGGUGGUGAGGCACUGCUUCUUGACUUGGGUUUCACUGUGCCUGCUAACAAGGCCCUUGGUAUCGAAUCUGACUCCAUCUAUUUCACCCGUCACUUUCGUCCCUGCCAAUGCUCAAGUCGCCAACUUGACAUCUGUGUCUACAAUCUUGCAACCAAGUCCCUCCAUCGCUAUCACAAUCUUCUUGACACGAUGGAUCUCGUGGAUGCUCGAUGGUUUCUCCCCCGGAAUUAAUUUCCUUUUAUUUAUGCUUUCGAAUAAAAAAUUAGGAUGUUCCCCCUCUGUUUAGUUAACGAAUCACAUAUCAUAUCUUGUUUACAUUAUGACGGUUGUGAGUGGUGGACAGCUCUCAUGUUAGUAUUUAUCCCUAGUUCCCUUUGCGCUUGA